AUGUUUGCUAUUCAUUAUUCAUUCCUUUCUUCUUUCAUUUUGCCCUUCCUUUUUUGUUUCAUUCUUUCUUUCUUUCUUUAUUUUUCAUUCUUUAUUUAUUUCUCCCUUUCUUCCAUUCUUUCUUUCUUUAUUUCUUUCUUUCAUUUUUCAUUUUCUUUCUUUCAUAUCUUCUUUCUUUCUUUUUUCUUUCUUUCAUUUUUUCAUUUUCUUCCUUUCAUAUUUUCUUUCUUCCAUUAUUUCUCUCUUUCUUUCUUUCGUUCUUUAUUUUUCUUUCUUUCUGUCAUUUUUUCAUUUUCUUCCUUUCAUAUUUUUUUCUUUUAUUCUUUCUCUCUUUCUUUCUCUCGUUUUUUCUUUCUUUCUUUCUUUCAUUUUUCUUUCUUUCAUUAUUUCUCUCUUUCUUUCUCCCGUUCUUUCUUUUUUCUUUCUUUCUCUCGUUCUUUCUUUCUUUCUUUCUUUCAUUUUUUUCAUUUUCAUUCUUUCAUAUUUUCUUUCUUUCAUUCUUUCUCUCUUUCUUUCUUUCGACGUUUCUUUCUUUUUUUAAUUUCUCUUUUUCAUUUUUCAUCUUUCUUUCUUUGUUUCUUCCUUUGUUUCUUUUUUUCUUUCUACUAUCAUUUCUUUUUCUUUCAAUGUGUUCUCUAUCUAUCUAUCUAUCUAUCUAUCUAUCUAUCUAUCUAUCUCAUCUGUUCUAUCUAUCAUAUCUCUCUGUUUCAUCUAUCUCUAUCUAUGUUCUAUCUAUCUAUCUAUCUAUCUAUCUAUCUAUCUAUCUAUCUAUCUUCUCAGUCUGUUCAUAUCUAUCUCACUCUGUUCUAUCUAUCUAUCUGUUCAUAUCUAUCUAUCUAUCUAUCUAUCUAUCUAUCUAUCUCAGUCUGUUCAUAUCUAUCUAUCUGUCUAUCUAUCUAUCUAUCUAUCUAUCUAUCUAUCUAUCUAUCAUUAUAUAUUCGAGGUUUGAUGAAAAAGUAUUGA